AAAAGCGCCUGUCAGUUGAUUCUGACAUUGGAACGCACAGACAUAGUUGCGAAGAGUCGAUGUCGCGCGCAGCUGUGGAAAUAAGUCAAUGGGAGUUCCAAACAACCUGAUUUUGGAAGCGGCGGCAAGAGUUUGUCAAAGAAAAAGUUGUAUUGACUACUCUUGGAGUUCAAAUUUGCUAGAACGACGAAUGAGCCUCAUCUAGAUGACCUUUAUAUGGUACGGUAUGGAAGACCACAUUGGCUGGUCUUUCCUGUAGGAUGGUGGCGCACAGUUCAGUGGAAGGGAAUCAAGGCACAGAAGAACCCAGCGCGAGCACAGAGCCUUCCCCAGAAGUCUCCCAGUCCCAGCGGUCCAGGCCGAACCAGCAGGCAGCGUCUAGGACUGUAUUCCAAACACAUUUCAUGCCCUUCAGCUUUGAGAGAGAUUUCAAGACCAUCGCAAACACCACUUCUAUGCUGGAAGAGAGUGGCUUCUACUGGGGUCCUAUGACUGUGGAGGAAGCACAUCAAAAGCUGAAGAAGGAGCCAGUUGGAACUUUCCUGAUCCGGGACAGUCGUCAAAUCAACGUGUUCUUUACACUGAGUUACAAAAGCCAAAACGGUCCCGUGAGUGUCCGGAUUAACUUCAAGAAUUCCAAAUUCAGUUUGACGGGCAGCAAGGAAUCUUUUGACACUCUUUUCAAACUCCUGGAAUUUUACAUCAGUUCCCCUAAGAAGGGUCUAGUCAGGCCCUACAGGAAAGAACCAGUGCAGUCCCUGCAGCAGCUGUGCCGCAGACGGAUAAUCGAAACAUGCGGCGGAAAAGACAUCGACCGCAUCCCUGUGCACACAAUCCUCAAAGACUUCCUUCAUGCCUUCCCUUAUCCGCUAUGAAGACUAGACUUGUUGCAUUAAAGCGCUGCUGGAAUAUUCUGGAGAUACUUGAGAGACUCCUCGUGGUCCUGCUCUGUUUUAAGAAGCAGGCAUCCGAUUGUAGCACAUUUUGGAAUAUGAGACUUGAACACUUCACAAUGAAAGUUUACAUUGUCUGUGAAUGUUUACACUAUACAGGAAAACUGUUUUCCUUUCAACAUAUUUCUGCUAUGCAGAGAGAAUUAUUUCAACAUAAUUAUUUUUAUAAAAAUAAUAAAUAUAUUUGUG